ACAGCAGCCCGGCGUGGGGGUCUGUGCCCAGGACUGAGAGCACUAAGAAUGGCUCCCAGUAACACACUUAUGAUCCACAUGGAAGACAAACUGCUGCCAAAAGAAAAGAAUAAACUGAGGAAGCCGGUGGUGGAGAAAAUGCGCCGUGACCGGAUCAACAGCAGCAUCGAGCAGCUGAAACUGCUCCUGGAGAAGGAGUUUCAGAGACACCAGCCCAACUCUAAGCUGGAGAAAGCCGACAUCCUGGAAGUGGCUGUCAGCUACCUGAAGCAGCAGAGCCAGCAGGACCAAACAUUCCUUCACAAGAAUCGAGAGCAGGACUUUAACAGUGGAUACCUGCGGUGCCUGAAGGAAGCUAUGCAUUUUCUGUCCUACUAUGAACCCAAGAAGGAAACUCAGGUGCAGCUAAUCAAGCAUUUCUGCAAAGCCCAGAUGGGUGCAGAUGUCAUGUACUCUCCUGCUCUGCGCAGUCCACCUCUGUCGCCCCGUCUGCCUGCCAGAAAGCAACCUGCCCAGAAGACUGUGGCUG